GUGUUCUAAGUCCUAAAAAUGUCUUUUACUUCAAUUUCUUUUGUUUAUAUUCCUGAUCAUUUCCCAUCUCAUGUGUCUUCUGUGCUUUGUCCAGUCCUGCACCCUGAUUAUUUGUACUGGUUGAACCUCUCUCGUCCGGCACCCUCGGGACCAGACCGGUUCCAAAUGAGAGAGUUUUCUGGAUCACGGGAGCUGCUGUUGGCUUUCUGACAGUUUCCAGUGUCAUCACCAUGUCUGCCCCUUUCUUCCUGGGGAAAGUUAUCGAUGUAAUUUAUACAGAUCCCACUGGAGAUGUCACUGACAGCCUGACCAGCCUCUGUGCCUUGCUAAGUGGAAUUUUUGUGUGUGGUGCUGCUGCCAAUGCUAUUCGUGUCUACCUCAUGCAGACCGCAGGACAAAGAAUUGUGAAGCGACUUAGAGCAACUAUGUUCUCUUCUAUUCUGAAGCAAGAAAUUGCAUUUUUUGACAAAACCAGCACAGGAGAAUUGAUUAACCGCUUGUCUUCAGACACAACACUGUUGGGACGUUCCGUGACUGAAAACCUUUCUGAUGGACUACGUGCAGGAGCUCAGGCAUCAGUUGGGGUUGGAAUGAUGUUUUUUGUCUCUCCAAAACUUGCUACGUUUGUUCUGAGUGUUGUGCCCCCUCUGGCUAUCAUAGCUGUGAUUUAUGGAAGAUAUCUGCGGAAACUUACUAGAAUGACCCAGGAUUCCCUGGCAGAAGCAACACAGUUAGCUGAAGAACGUAUUGGAAACAUAAGAACUGUUCGAGCUUUUGGGCAGGAGAUGACCGAAAUGGACAAGUAUAUAAGCAAAGUUGACUAUGUGCUGCAGUUAGCUAAAAGAGAGGCAUUAGCUCGAGCAGGCUUUUUUGGUGCGACUGGGCUUUCUGGGAACAUGAUUGUCCUUUCUGUUCUGUACAAAGGAGGAUUAUUGAUGGGUAGUACCCAAAUGACUAUUGGUGAACUCUCUUCCUUCUUGAUGUAUGCAUUCUGGGUUGGAAUUAGCAUUGGAGGUUUGAGCUCUUUCUAUUCUGAGCUUAUGAAGGGAUUAGGAGCUGGAGGACGUCUGUGGGAACUUAUCGAGAGGAAGCCAGAACUUCCAUUUAAUGAUGGAAUCGUGUUAAACAAAGAUCUGUUCAAAGGUGCUUUGGAAUUCAAAGAGAUCCACUUUGCAUAUCCAACCCGCCCAGAAAUUUCAGUUUUCCAAGACUUCAGUCUUUCUAUUCCAGCUGGCUCUGUUAUGGCAAUGGUUGGCCCCAGUGGCUCAGGCAAAUCGACCAUUGUAUCUCUUCUGUUGAGGCUGUAUGAUCCCAUCUCUGGUACUAUCACUGUCGAUGGCUUUGAUAUCCGUCAGUUGAAUCCAGUCUGGUUCAGGACUAAAAUUGGAACAGUAAGUCAGGAACCAAUUCUGUUCUCCUGUUCUAUUGCUGAAAAUAUUGCCUAUGGUGCUGAGGACCCUUCUAUGGUAACUGCUGAAGAAAUCCAGAAAGUUGCUGAAAUAGCUAAUGCUGCCAAUUUUAUCAGAGACUUUCCAAAAGGAUUCCACACGUUAGUUGGAGAAAAAGGCAUUCUCCUUUCAGGUGGACAGAAACAACGAAUUGCAAUUGCUCGAGCGCUGCUGAAGAAUCCUAAAAUUCUUCUUCUAGAUGAAGCAACAAGUGCUUUGGAUGCUGAAAAUGAGUAUCUAGUGCAAGAAGCUCUAGAUCGGCUAAUGGAAGGGAGGACAGUCCUAAUUAUUGCUCAUCGUCUGUCUACCAUUCAGAAUGCUGAUUCUGUUGCAGUUCUUGACCAAGGCAGAAUUAUUGAAUGUGGAAAACAUGAGGAACUUCUUGCAAAUCCAAAUGGACUUUUCAGGAAAUUAAUGAAGAAACAAGCUUUUCUUCAGAAUAGUGAAGCUUUUGCGUUAAACGUGUAAAAUCCAGAGAAAAUAAAUUUUUAAAAGAGAAUAUAUGAAAGGAAGCAUAAGGAAUGGAACCUUACAAACUACAAUGAAUAUAACUUGUUUUUAGUUAUGUAAAGUAAAUGUUAUAUUUUUCCAAAUUAUAUGAAAUAUCAUUUUGAAAUUAGAUGUUAAACUUUUUAUUCAGAGAUUUUUUUUAAUAAUUAUUGUAACUUUUUUAAUGUCCACAGCACAAAUUGUUUUCAAAGUCUAUAGAUUCUUCUGCUUUGUGAUAACUUAAUUGAUACAGUUUGGUAUUUUCUCUAAUGCACUGUAUAGCAAUGAACUCUAUUCUCAAGCAAGCUCCUAAUUUUAGGGAAAUUAAAAAUUUACAACCUGGUAAGUUAACUACCACCAUCUCUUGUGUAUCAGGGACCUUUUGAUUUCUGGGCUUGUCACUGUACUUUGGCUUUAAAAGACUAAAGUUCAGAAUUGUGAGACAGCAGAGUCAUGGGGAAAACUCUUCAGUCUCCUUUUUCAUAUGAUACUUUCUUCUCUUCUCUCUGGAGUAACUGUAGAUAAUUUAUAAACAAGUUAUUUUAAAUAAUAUGACAGCUUGGAUGGAGAAUAGUACUCGUGAGAGCAUCAGGGUUUUACAGCUAGGGCAAAGGAAGCAGAAUCAUUGGUAAACAUUAGUCUGUAGUAGAAAAUUGUAAAAUUUGCAUGUAUUACCUCAGUUCUGUAUUUUUCUGGGCUUUACUUUCCUUAAACUCUAAAGGUGACCUUUAAAUGAACAGUGGGCUUGUGCACUUUUUUGCCCCCUUGAAUAUAAAUAAUACUCAAAACUUUAUUUACAACUUUUUUUUCUAUUCUCAGUUAGAAAUUCAAAUUAGCUAUGAACUCUGGGGCAACCAGAGAAUUAGUGAAAUUACAACAUCACAAUAAAAGACUGAAAGCUGAGCAACUGAGAUGAGAGGGAAUAUUUAGUCAGUGUUUAACUCGCAUGAAUGCUUGGGUGAAAAGAUGUCUUAUUAAAAAUGCGAAACCUUUCAACUGAGAAGUACACAAGUGUAAGAGCAUCAGCAAAACCAACCAAGACCAAAUUUGACAUUCGGGAUACUUAAGUUUAAAAAACAAACCACUGCUAAUACAGACCUCUUUUAUUCAUUGUGAAGAAAUAAACAAAAAUCCAAAGCCAAUUUUACAAGAAUCCAUUCUUUUGCAACUCCCCUCCAUUGAUUUAUGCUGCUAUAAGCCUACACAUUGUUAAAGCAAUUGUAAGUAGCAGGUGAACUUCCUUGUACAGACUUAAGGCCUCAGUAAAAUGUAUGCUUGAGAAUGGUGUACUGCAGCUGCUUGCAGUUAUAAAUUUCAGGAACAGCUUGAGGUAAAAUGAGAGAGCAGGUGGUAGGGAGAGGAGGAGAAUGUAUCAGACAAUGAGCUUUUCAGCACCGAAUAUUAAACAUCUCUGUUUUAGCGGGAAAAGCUUAGGGUUUUCCUAAAAAAGCAAACAAUGAAUGCUUUAACUUCAGUACUUAUCCAUUAUUUCUCUCAACAUCCCCUUUCAAAUGGUAGCCUUGUUCCUAAAAACCACCACUCGUGAAUAAUCAUUCCUUGGGUAUGGUGUAGAAUGAGCUCACAAGCACUAAGUGUCUGUGUGGACCCUGCUGCUACGUGUAAAAAUUCCACAGUGUGCAUUAAUCUACUCCUAUUUCAAAACAGGAUUAAAGCACACCAUGGAAUUCUCACAGUUCCCACUGUUUAAGUGGGAGUUGAGUAAAGUUCAUUGUGGAAUUUCUAGUGUGUGGCAGCAUGGCCCAGAUGGACACCUAGUACUGGCAAGCUAGAGUGGGUAGAUUUACAUCCCAGCUUGCCACACACUCAGUGUUCCUAUAAACAAGCCCUAAAAGUCAUUGGGAUUUGGGCUGCUAAGUUACUUAGGUAUUUUUUU